UACAAAUGGCGUGUGCAUCGAUGUCGCGUUGCCCUUGAUUCUCCGAUAAUUACUGUUUUUUAAAGUAGUUACUUCAUACUUUCAAAAAACCGACUUAUUUAGAUCUGUUCUAGUGCUUGAAGUGCUGUAAACUGUGAUUUGUGGAGUGUUUCUAAUGGUGCCGUGAAAUAUUUGUGUAGCGUCACCUGACCAAGCUCAUUGUCAUUUCCCGCCAUUGUGGACCCUCUGUAAAAUUAUUUCGACUUUCUUCUAUUACCAAGUGCAGUGUUCAUGAAGAAUUCUUAAAACAUUAAUCUAGCGAACUAAAGUGAUGUCAUUACACGGUAAUGAUGUCUGCUUGCUAGAAGUAGAAGACUAUAACUUGUACGAAGAGGAGGCAUCGAAUCACGCUUUUCCCAGAAGUGAAAAACAUUCAGUGUCAGGUGGUAGGACGAUGGAGGCGGAAAAACGCAUCCGACGGGAGAUUGCAAACAGCAAUGAACGCAGACGCAUGCAGAGCAUCAACGCAGGCUUUCAGGCUCUGCGGACCCUCCUGCCCAGGCAUGAAGGAGAGAAACUCAGCAAGGCUGCCAUUUUACAACAAACCGCAGAGUAUAUCUACUCACUGGAACAGGAGAAGACCAGACUUCUGUCACAAAACUGCCAGCUGAAACGACUACUGAACCAACACGAGGGGGGCGACAUCCCUCUCAAGAAGAGAAAAAGCGAAAUAAUCUCCCACAUGGCGCCCGCCACGACCAUCCCCGACUCCACCGACGACGCCGUCACCAUCUCGCGGUCGCCCGAGCCGGUCGCCGUCAUCAGCAUCGCCGGCGGGAAGAAGGACGCCGAGGGCGCCGAAAUGCGCGUGCAACUAGAGCGCGAGCGGCGGCUGCGGCGCCUGCUCGAGGAGCGCCUGCACGCCGUCGAGGCGCGCCUCUAUCCCGAGCCGAGCCAGGAGCCCGCCCCCGCCCCCGCCCCCGCCACCGCCUCCGCCUCCGCCGCCUGCAAGCUGGAGGCGGAGGAGGCGGUCGACGCGCCCGUGCCCGCGCCCGCGCCCGCUCCCGUGCCCGUCCCGGCCGCCGCCGCCGCCGCGCCGCUGCUGGAGGCGGCCAUCAAGGCGGAGCCGCGCGUGGAGGUGGAGGUGUUGCCCGAGGCGGCGGCGCGCCUCUACCUGGCUAGCACGUCGCGCCAGAACCUUGAGACCAUCGUGGAGGCCAUCCGCCACCUCGAGGGCGACCACCUGUUCGGCGACGCGGGCGACGCGCCGCUGGCGCUCACGAAGAAGCCGGCGGUGGCGGUGCCGACGGUGGCGGUGCCCACGGUGCAGACGGUGGCCACGGUGCCGACGGUGCACCAGGUGGCGGUGGCGCCGUCCCGACCCGGAGUGAUCGUGGUGAAGCACUCGUGAUCGCGCUGAGCUCGGCCGAGUAUUUUCGCUUUUGCUCUUUGAGCGUCCGUGACCCUCCUCGAAUGUAGUUUUAAAGUAUUGUUUAAUUGUCUUUUCCAAAGUGACGAAUCGUUAAGUCUGCGUCUUAUUUUUUUUACGCGUCGGAGUCGGGCCGGGAGCGAACGUUGGCGCUGUGCUUAGUUUAGUCUCAAAUUUAAUUAUUUUAAUGCUAAAUUUAAUAUUUUGUUACUCCAGCUUAAUCUAAUUGAUGACAAAAGAUCGAGGGAUUGACUGAUUUGAUUAAGGUAUUGGAAGGAUGACCGCCGCGACGGUUCUAGUGAGGUGAGAUAGGUUUAGAACGGGUGGGUGAUGUAAUAUAGGCUUUGUGAUAAUUUUUCAAUGACUACCUAAAGAGUUUGGUUCGAUAGAAAACUACCACCGCGAAAGCAAUAAUGCUGAGUAAUCGAUGAUGGUGUUACUGAGAGGUUGUUCGUAAUGAUACAGCAAUAUUUUGCAUUCUUAAUAUUUUACAAGCAUUUUUAGCAAUAUAAGAUAACCUACUAUAUAAUGUAUCACAUUUGACUCUCUGUGUAGCUAAUGGUGGCGUCUUAAUGCUGCAUUUUGUACUAAUAAAAAUAUUAUCAAUAUCAAUUCAUCAUAUAAUAUCCUAAGAUAUGUUUUAUAUAAUACAUAUUUCCCUAAAUCUGAUGUGACGUGAUUAUGAUUGACUUCUAAAUUAUGAAUAUGUAUUGUGUAUUUUGAAAUGAUAAUCGAUUUAGUGUUUACUGACUUGGCCAAAAUUGUAUAUCCAGUGUCUCAUUUUCUAUGCUUUUCACAAUCUCCCAGUGCUCGGUGUGCCCUCGAAAUUAUAACCAUUAUUUACUAAUGACAGUUGUCAAUAAAUAAAAUAUAGAUAGUAUUGUUAGUAUCCGAAAUUAGAGCAUUCCAUGUAGUUUCACACUUAUCUAAGGAACAAUCUACAUGUAAAACAUAGAUUGGAGAAUUAGUUAUAUGUAUUGCAGCGGUCGGCAACAGGCGGCCCGAGAGCCUCCCUGGCUAUUUUGUAUGUAAUAUUGACAAUACCUGGGGCUCGUUUCUCAAAAGCUUGUAACUUGUAAUACAAGUGGAGUCCUUUUCUAACAAAAGCUGCCAAAAAGUGACAUCCGCUUGUAUUACAAGUCACAAGCUUUUGAGAAACGGGCCCCUGAUACAGUUAUAAAUAUUAACAAAGUGCGGCCCGCGUCAUCUUCGUUAACUACUAUGUGGCCCUUGGCUGCUAAAAGGUUGCCGACUGCUGAUGUAUUGUAUUAAAAUGACUAGCAUAAUUCGGUAAAUCCAAUUAAAAUAAUCAAUCAUGGGCACCGUUGUAAAAUUGAUGGCAACCAUGUCAGCGACUGCUGGCAAGUCCGCUAAUGUUCGGAAAGUGGCACUUCAAGGAAACCAAUUUAAACAAAUUGCGCUGUUUCCUUCAUGGCCAUUGUUAUGUUUUUAGCUGAAUUAUAGGUAGUCAAUAAAUUGAAGUUUAGACAACGGGUCGAUUUCUAUAGUUAAAUGGAUAACUUAGCACAGAAUGUUGGGCUUGGAAAUCUCGAUCGUGUUAAAAAAUGUAACAGGAAUUGGCGAUAAGCAGGCACUCCAACAAUUGAUGAUCUAAUCAUGUAUUAAAUAAAUAACAUUAGUGUAUAAUUAUGUUCUGUUACUAUUUGUACUCUUAUUAAGCUGUAGAGUGCGGGCCGGGUGAGCUCGCGUUAGGUAUCGAUCAUAGACUAUUAUCGUUUGCUUCAGUGUGCUGACAUUUUGUUAAAGACGUAACUUACAGUGCUUUAGGUUAACGCUUCUCAUUGUAAGUUCUUAGAAUGUAUGUUAUUUUAGUUCGACUCAGCAACAGAGUGGAUCCGCGUCGUGUCGACAGUGUCGAGAUCCUCCAGGGUCGUAUUUUUUUUAAGACUGAUCACUUGUUCAUUAUUAAGUUCUGUAAAUUGUGCCACCAUAUUGGUAGUGAGCCGUGUUUGUGUGAGUGUGUAACGAAUGUGUCGCACGUAUGCAUGCGAGCAACCCGGCGGCGUCGUAGAUCUUGUACUUCAAAUUUUUUGUGUAAGUGAUAAUUAGUUAAGUGAAUACGCGCCGAAGUUUUGUAAAUGCCUUAAUUUUAUAAGAUCUUUACCCUGCCGGGUUCCAAUGCGCGCGUGACAUGACCACGUAGUUGUAAUUAUGUCCGAUAUUGACAUGAAUCGUAACUACAGCUUGCGAAGAAGCGGUCUUUCUAUAAGUAUACAAUAAUGUGUAUAUUUAGAAGUAACAAAGUAUGUCAUUUUACUUUGUAUGUUACUCGUUUCUCUCAGCUGUUAGGAGCGGUAAAUGACCUUUAAUGCAAUUUCACUGCAGCCGGCAUGGAGAUUGCAUGAGGAGAGCCUCCGGUGUAUGUUCUUGCUCUGUUUCUGAGUCCGUAGUUGUAAGAUUUGUCUGCCUACCGCCUUUACAUGUCAGUAUAGGAUAAAACAUAACGGACUCGGUUAUACUAUUAGUACUAUUACUAUUAGCGUAGUCAAAAUAGUAGUAAGAGAUUUUUAAGUCAAAGAAAACAAGUUGAAUUGUUUAAAUGUGUUAUUAUUUAUGUCUUAAAGUAUUAAAAUGGUUAUUUCUUAUUAAUUAGUUGGUAAAUGAUAUUUGUCUGUAUAUUCACUCAUGCUUGUUUGUCACAGAUCUGAAACCAAUAAAACAUGAGACACUAUCAGUAAUAUUUAAGAAAAAGUUUUGUUUGUGAUGUCGUGAUUGAAAUUCAUGUGACAGUAUAUUAUUUUAUGAAACAAGUGGUUAAGUGAAGACUGAUAGCAAUUUGAUAACUAACAGAACCCUGUAAUAUGGCGUUAUGACGAUGUAACAUAAAUAUAAACCAGUAAAAUAAGCCAAUAACUGUUUACAUAACUGUAGUUCUCCUGAAAGUGACUUAAGCUUAUUUGUAUUUAAAAUAAGUUUUGUCUAGUGUUGUGAUGUUGUCAAAAACGUUGUCCAUUUUGUAUGAGAAUUAUUCUCAUCUAGAAGUUGAAUCCGUGUAUAUUAGGUUGCCUAUGCGCUUCCGCUGGAGUCGCAAGCGUUUAUAAGCUGCGGUUUCCGCUUAUCUUCAGGCGAACCGUAAGCUAGGUUUCCACAGCGGUGUAAUAAAAAAUGAGAAUGUUCUUUAGAACGCCAUAACACUAGUGAGGUUGUUUUCUGCAAAACUACAGUCACAUUGCAUGACUCGUAUUUAGAUAUUUAUAUCUAGUCUAAGGUAGGUUCAUAGAUUUAAGAUCACAUUCUCCAGUUAAGUGAAGUAAUCAAGGUAGUGUUGACCACUUACACCUGUCACCGGUGACGGUGCCCUGUUUUAUUGGUUUUACGACUUAUUCGUUGUGAAUAUUUCCAUUUUCUACACUCUAUCGUAUUCUAACUGAUUAUAAUAUGUACUAGUUUUAUAUGGAGGUUAGUAACUGUAUAGCUCUAUUUACUGAAGUAUAGGCAUUCAUAAUCAUAGGGUCGACACAAACUAGUUAAGGUUUACCGGCAUAAAUUGUUCUCUGCCGCAUAAUACGCAGGAAGCUAUACAAAAAUUAGCUUUGUACCAUCAAAAAUUGCAUUUAUUGAUAGUAAGUUUUAUUUUGUUUCAAUAUCUAGGUUAGAUUUGUUUUCGUCUAGCUUAGAUUCAAAUUUUAGUCUACUGUUAGCGGCAGGGCAUGAUCGCAAAUGAUUCUCAAUUAUAUUAACGCUAUUGCUGCUAUGUAAUUUAAUUUUAAUUUCAAUUGACCUUCCGUCAAAAAUAGUACCUUUAUUCGACAAGUUAUGGGAUAGAGUGGUCGAAUCAGUCUUUGAAGCCGUACACUCCUUACAGCGUCACAACGGAAAUACAACAUUUCAGAACGUCAACGCACGCAGCGUAUGGAGUUAACCCGGAGACCAAGGGCCCGUUUAUCAAAAGCUUGUGACUUGUAAUACAAGUGGAUGUCCCUUUUUGAUAGCUUUUGUUAGAAAGGGACUUCCAAUUGUAUUUCAAGCUACAAGCUUUUGAUAAACGGGCCCCAAGGCUUAUUUUUUUGUGAGAAUCAACUGCGAUGUACUGAUCAAGUAGCAAUACUGGAUCAGUUCUUUAAGAAACAAACCCUCUCGCUAACAUGCUCAUGUUCCUAUAGUAGGCACAUAUUGCAACGUGUUUUUAUAAUUCAUUAAUUAAGACAAUGAUAAAGUGUAGAAAAUAAUGCAUGGGCGUUUCCUUUUUGAUAUGAAAUCGAUAAAAUAUAUUUCCUCUGAUUUUAAUUGUACCACAUUUGACCUAUAUUUACGAAUAUUUAUAAAACAUUGAUAAA